UACCAUACCAUGUCAAAUAAAAUUGAAGAAUAGUGUUAUUGGAAGAAUAAGUGGGAACAACACUAAUUUUCGAUACCAAACCCCUAUACCAAAGCAAACUUUAAAAAGAGUUAUCAAUGUUUCUCCUUAUCAAUUUUGUGUGCCGGGUUAUCUUGAAACAGAAUGAAAGUAAAAAUAGAAUCAAAGAUUUGGCACUUGUGCAAAAAAAUAGUAACUUGUAUGUUGAAUCAGUUCAUUUUUUUCUUUCAUUCCCUCCCCCUCCUCUUUAUACAUGUUGUGUAUACAGACAGUUGAAGUGUUUUCACAAAUGAGUAUCACACUUCCCUGCGAAAAAAAAAAGAAUUUGACUAUUUAGGUAUAAAAUGGCUUUAUCUUCUUUUUUUUCCUGGUUAGCCCCU